AUGCCCGUUGUUUUGGUACGCCCGACCAAUCGGACUUGCCGCCUGGAUUCUACGGGAGCCGGGAUGGGCCCGUCGUGGCGGCAACAGGACUCCCCUCUGCCGCCCAGAACGCAUUGCGCAGGGUGCACCAGCGCCUGGUCCUCCUGCAGCUUUAACAGCUCUGACAUGGAAACACCAUUGCAGUUCCAGCCGGGCUUCUGCUCAGAGCAGCAGCAGCAGCAGCAGCAGCAGCAGCGCCCACACCCGCAUUACCAGCCCCAGCCAGCCAGCCAAGAGAAGUCGGCGGCUCAGCAGCAGCAGCAGUCCAGUCCAUGCCUCCAGUGCAACCACUGCGCCUUUUACGAGGCUGCGGCUGCCGCGGGCGAUAACCUGCCGCUGCUGCUUCGCACUUCGUCGCCUCUGGCAGGUGCUUUCCGGACUCGCUCCUCGCCGCUCUCGUGCUCAGCAGCCUCCUCCCGCCAGGGCAGCCAGCUCAACGUGAGCGAGCUGACCCCGUCCAGCCAUGCCAGCUCGUCCCGGCAGCCCCCCCACUACGCCCAGUCCCACCACUCCCAGCAGUACCACCAGUGCCAUAGCCAGCAGCCUCAGCAGCAGCAGCAGCAGCAGCAGGCGGGCACCACCCACAGCAGCAACGGCGGAGGCAGUCACCACCACCACCACCACCACCACCACCACCACCCCUCGUGCCAGCAGCAGCGCCGGGAGAGCAACCCCUUCACGGAAAUAGCCAUGAGCAGCUGCAGGUACAACGGCGGCGUCAUGCGCCCUCUCAGCAACCUGAGCUCGUCCCGCAGGAACCUCCACGAGCUCGACUCCGAGUCCCAGCCGCUCCAGCCCCAGCCCCAGCCCCAGCCCCAGCCGCCGCACUCCAGUCCCAGCGUCUCGCUGGCUGCCUCGGCUGCCGCCGCCGGCCCGGAGAUCGUGGUCUCCAAGCCCGAGCACAACAACUCCAACAACUUGGCGCUCUACGGCACCGGCGGCGGCGGCGGCGGCGGCAGCGGAGGGGGCGGCGGCGGCGGCAGCCAGACCAACAACGGCAGCAAGUCCAGCAAGAAGAAGGAAUCGCUGUAUUCAUUAGCCCUAAAAUGCCUUAUUAGCCUCUCUACAAUCAUUCUGCUUGGUCUGAUUAUUGUAUACCACGCAAGAGAAAUUCAGUUGUUUAUGGUGGACAAUGGAGCUGAUGACUGGAGAAUAGCCAUGACUUAUGAGCGCAUUUUCUUUAUCUGCUUGGAAAUUUUGGUGUGUGCUAUACAUCCUAUCCCUGGCAACUAUACAUUCACAUGGACAGCCCGGCUUGCCUUCUCCUAUACCCCAUCUACGGCAAUAGCUGAUGUGGAUAUUAUUUUAUCCAUACCCAUGUUCUUAAGACUAUAUCUUAUUGCCAGAGUUAUGCUUUUGCAUAGCAAACUUUUCACUGAUGCCUCAUCCAGAAGCAUUGGAGCACUAAAUAAGAUAAACUUCAAUACUCGUUUUGUUAUGAAGACUCUAAUGACAAUAUGUCCAGGAACUGUACUUUUGGUUUUUAGUAUCUCCUUAUGGAUAAUUGCUGCAUGGACUGUCAGAGCUUGUGAAAGGUAUCACGAUCAACAGGAUGUUACUAGCAACUUCCUUGGAGCAAUGUGGUUGAUUUCAAUAACUUUUCUUUCAAUUGGAUAUGGUGAUAUGGUACCUAAUACGUACUGUGGGAAGGGAGUCUGCUUGCUUACUGGAAUAAUGGGUGCUGGGUGCACUGCACUGGUGGUAGCUGUGGUUGCAAGGAAAUUAGAACUUACCAAAGCUGAAAAACAUGUGCAUAAUUUCAUGAUGGAUACCCAGCUAACUAAAAGAGUGAAAAAUGCAGCUGCCAAUGUACUCAGGGAAACAUGGUUAAUUUAUAAAAAUACAAAGCUGGUAAAAAAGAUAGACCAUGCAAAAGUAAGGAAACAUCAGCGGAAAUUCUUGCAAGCUAUUCACCAAUUAAGAAGUGUUAAAAUGGAACAGAGAAAACUGAAUGAUCAGGCAAACACUUUGGUGGACUUGGCAAAGACACAAAACAUCAUGUAUGAUAUGAUUUCUGACUUAAAUGAAAGAAGCGAAGACUUUGAGAAGAGGAUUGUUACUCUGGAAACAAAACUGGAAACAUUAAUUGGUAGCAUUCAAGCUCUCCCAGGACUGAUUAGCCAGACAAUCAGCCAGCAGCAAAGGGAUUUCCUUGAAGCUCAGAUGCAAAACUAUGACAAGCAUAUGACCUACAGUGCGGAGCGAUCCAGGUCCUUGUCCAGGAGAAGGAGGUCCUCCUCUACAGCACCACCCACUUCAUCAGAGAGUAGCUAGAAGAGACUAAGU